UGCAUAUUGGCAAGAGAGAUAUGAAUGUAGGUAGAAGGACAGCAGAUAAAAAACUUUAUUAACCCUAUCCCUUGAGCAACUUACGUUUUUUCUUGCUUCCACAGACGUCGACUACUUACAAAAUUUGUCUGGCUUCUCUUUUCCUGAUACGAGUGUAUCAAUCGCUAUUUACCCGUCAAGGAGAAAAAUGACAGCAGCACAAGAAGCGACCACGACAGCGACGAUGCAGGCAGCUCCUGCAGUCGACGCCCAGGCUUCUCUGAAGCGGCCCGCCGAGAACAAUGCACCCCAGAUGAAUACCGCGUCCGCGCCGAGCAAGGAGCGACGCGUCGAGCAGACCACGACAAGUAUGGCUUCAAGUGGUGCGAACCAGCAGCGACUGAUCCUGCAAUUUCGCGACGCGGAGUUGAAUCCGCAAGGCCCCGAAUUGGACAUUGCGGUCACCGCGAACACGGCGGAUUUGAAUCAGUUGCUGAAUCAAGUUUUAGAGAAUGAGGAACCUGAGCAGUACAGCUUUGAAAUGGGAGCGAACCGGGGAGACGACAGAUCGGUCGUGGUCCCAUUGGAGGGUGAGAAAGCCACGCUGGCGGACGCUAUCGAAAAGCUGACCGUGCACAAUUUCACGCAGGAAAAGGUCGCUCUGCUCACCUUUUACCCACUGGCGAUUUUUAAGGUGAGGCCAGUCACCAGGUGUUCCAGUAGUAUGGAAGGACACUCUGAAGCUGUGUUGUGUUCGCGGUUCUCGCCGGAUUGCACGCUAUUGGCGACGGGGUCGGGCGACACCACGUUGCGGCUGUGGGACAUGAACACAGAAGUGUGUGUGCACGUUUUCAAAGGUACAACUUUUCUCAUUUUUCGCCUAGAGUUGUUAUGUUGUGAUGGUUUGUUACUGUUCUUUUCGUCAUACAUAUGCAGGCUGCCCGUGCCUGCAGGCCAUAAUUCAAUUUAAAAAGCGCUGAAUAUUCAUCUCGCAUGCACACAUCACACCACAGGCCACACGCACCACGUCCUAAGUUGCGAGUGGAGCCCCGACGGCGCGUUUCUGGCGUCCGCGGGUAUGGAUAAGAAGAUUCUCGUUUGGUGCCCGUACACGGGAGCGAGAAAAGCGACCUUGACCGGUCACCGCGAGCCGGUGACUUCGCUUGUCUGGCAGCCACUGCACUGCGUUCCGGCGAACAAGACCUCACCGACGCGACCGCUGCUGGCCUCGACGAGCAAAGACAGUGACGCCCGAAUCUGGGAUGUAACCACGGGAAACUGCGUUCUGACACUCGGAGGCCACACCGCCGCGGUCAUGCAAAUUCGGUGGUCGGGCGAGCGAAGCAACACCGGGGGUGUUCUGUACACCGCCGGCCGCGAUCGGUUGAUCAAAAUGUGGUGCGCGUCCACCGGAUCCUGCUUGAAGACGUUGAAGGGCCACGCCCACUGGAUCAACUCCCUGGCGCUGAACUUGGACUACAUUUUGCGGACGGGUCAUUACGAGCCAAAGAAGAUUGCACAGUUGAAGGAAAAACACCGUGCGAACAAACCACUCCCGGAGGUAGCCCAAACUACUGCAGCAGUCGAACAGAAGGAGGAAGCUGUAGCGCAGACCGAAGCUGGUGCGUCCUCGCCAAGUUCCUCAGCAGCGACCACCGUUCCGGAAGCGAAGAAAGAGACCAUCGCGACAAAGAACCAGAAAAACGCAAAGACAGCUGGCGCAGCAAAAAACGGCAAAAACAAGAAAAAUGGAAAGCAAGCAGCGGCGUCGAAGUCUAGUCUCAAUGCCAACGUCGAUCGAAGCGCCUGCGAGGAAAACAACCCGCAACGGUUUACGCUCGCUCUGGCCCGAUAUCAGGAGGCGUUGCAAGUCGCCGGCGGGGAGCGGUUGCUUUCCGGCAGCGAUGACUUCACGAUGUUCCUCUGGAAGCCGCUGGACCCGACUUUUGAGAAGAAACGACUGACCGGCCACCAGCAGCUCGUCAACCAGGCACUCUUUUCCCCAGACGGGCGGUGGAUCGCGAGUGCGGGCUUCGAUCGAAGUAUUCGCUUGUGGGAUGGAAGAACGGGUCGGUUCGCGCACACAAUGCGUGGACACGUGGGAAAGGUGUUUCAGAUUUCCUGGUCCGCGGACUCGCGCCUGUUGCUCUCCGGGUCCAGCGACUCGACCAUGAAAGUGUGGGACAUCAACAAGAAAAAGUUACUGAAAGACCUCCCGGGGCACGCAGACGAAGUCUACGCGGUGGACUGGGCGCAGGACGGAGCAAAGGCCUGUUCGGGAAGUAAGGAUCGGGUGGUGAAGAUCUGGCGGUUCUAAGUUUGUAGUCUGACCUGUAGCCACCUGUUAUUUCUCCAACAAACAAGAUGAGCUCGUGGUCGCUGGGCUGUCGAACGUGAAUGAAAACCCAAAUGCUUGUUGCAGUCAGAUAAAGAUGCUGAGCGUAAACCGAAUCGCGUUGCCCUGUGCAUUAGAUGGAACCUCCAUGAUCUCAUCGAGGUUGUGCUUGAAU